GUGAGGUAAAAGGUGAUCAACAUGAAUUUAAUGGAAGAUUGCUUUGCUGGUGCACCGCAAGAGUUUCUGAUAUGCAUUACGGUGCAUAAGGCAGCAAAUACAGGUGUCUACACAGGUGACCUGUAUGUAAAAAUAAGUUUGGAUAAAAUAAGCAAAAACACAAAGACGCAUUCGAAUUCAGAAAAUCCCUUCUUUAAUGAGUACUUUGUAUUUGAGUUUCACUGUACGCUUACUGAACUAUUACGUCUGACUGUACUCUUUGAGUUAAAGAAAUAUUUGCUCUAUAAAAAGAAUGUUACUUUGGGUGAGCUGCUCAUUGACUUGCACAGCGUCUGGAGUCAGCCCAGUCAUAGUUAUUUCAAGAAAUGGGGAAAACUGGAAGCUCCUAUUAGCGAAGAACCGCCGGGCGAAGAUGUCAAAGAAACUAACGCGCAUUUGCAAAUCGAUUUGGCCAUCAUAUCUCAGCACAGUACAGUGAAGACUGGCAUAACCCAAGAUGAUAUCGGGCCAGAGAACAUAAACAAGUACAUAACCACACAGAAUUUUGAUGAUAUCAAAAGCAAUCUGCUGCAUGAUGUGGAAUCGUACACACAGAGCAACAUUCGCUUCUUUCUUCGAUUAUAUAAAGGGAUAUUCAUAAAGAAGAGCAAUUACAUGUUACAAGUGUCCUUCGCGGGUUUUAAGGCUAAAACUCAAGUGGCCAAAAACACUAUGACGCCUGAAUGGAAUCUGGAGUUUACCUUUGCCUGGGUUUAUCCCUCUUUGGCUCAACGUUUCCUAAUACUCAUUUUCCUACACGAGCAUCUGCAGUGGAAAUGUGUCGCUGAAUACGAAAUUUCCAUUGAGGAAAUUGCUUUCCAUGACACACCUUCGUUGGGUCCCACAUAUUUGCAUCUUUACGAUCCUGUGAAUCCUUUGAACUAUGUGGGUCGCAUCCUCAUGGAAUUGGAUUCCCAUAUGCUGAGCGAGGAUCGUCCUUCCCAUGUGCUGAUUACCAAGACAAUUGACAGUUUCACCGACACUCGCAACACGACGGAUGAGAAUUUCUUUGUGGAGUUUCUUCCUUUGCUGGGCAACAACAUUCACACCACCUCCAACUCGUACAAGUUUGUGGUGAAGCUGGCGGAGAAGUCCUCCAAUGAUCUUGUGGGAACAUUGAAGACCCCACCAGGAAAAUUUCGUACCGCAAUGCAAACCAAAUGCUUUCGCCAGGACUCGCCUUUUCGGUCCUGUUUGUUUAAGCUACGAUUGCCGGAUAAUCGAUUGAAGUUUGUCAGCGAUUUCCUAAUCAUUGACAUUAUUAACUUUAUGCGGUCUGAGCUGGACGUCUUUCGCAUUUAUCAGCUCAAGUAUCCCAAUGAGGUGAGCAAUCAAUCCAAGUGCCUCAAGUUCUUGCUGCACAGCAUCAUCAGCAAGUUAAAAGAAGGUCUUGCCAAGAGUCAGUUCAGCCAUGAUUUGGGUGAGGAUGCUACCAACUGGGACAAGAAUCGUCAGCACUUUCUGCAGGAUUUCUUCGUCAAGUUGGCGCAUCAAUUGCGUGCGCUCCGCCAGAAAUUGAAGUUCAGUUUUCAGGAGCAUUUAGAUGCCAUCAUUGUGGACAUUGUCAAUGAGGUGCAGCGUCUGAUUGGCGAGAUUACUUCGCUGGCCAAUUCACUUCGUGUGCAGGAUGAUUGGCCCGAGUUGUUGCUCACCUUGAGUGCAGGUGGCAAGAUGCUGGGAACUUGUCGCCUCAAUGCCAAACACUUUCUGUUUAUACAGAAACUGCAAAAGUAUCAGUCAACCAAUCAAUGCUGGAAAGCCAAAAGCUUUGUCUUUAAGAGCCUCGGUUGCACACAUAGUUGUGGCAACUGUGGUUGCAACGUUGGCGUUAUUCUCGGUUGUAUUUCCAUUGUACUCGAUCGAGAGCGUCGAGAGUUCCUCUCAUGCAUUGCUGGGGAUUGGUCUUCGGAUGACUUUAUGAUCUGGCAGCCGAAUGUCGUGCAAACCUUCAUCAGCUGUCAGGUUUAUGUGCAUCAGGCAAAGGUGCGUCCUGGCGCUGAGCACAAGCCGCUUUCUGAUGGUCAUGUCUCGGUUUACUUUGCCGAGCAGGCCGCCGAGACACAAACAGCUCCGGCUACGCUUUCUCCCAUCUGGAAUGCUGUGAUUAGCUUCAAGGUGCUCGCUUUGCCGGGCAGUAUCAGUUGGUAUCUGCAGAAUCCACCUCUCAUUUCCAUAGAGUUCUAUAGCAACGAAUCAGAAUUAUCGGGCAGUGGACAAACUGCGGUCAGCGUGAUUAGUGGGGAAAUCGAAAACGAGUCCGGUUGGGGAGAUGGUGGCAAGUGUUGGCAGCGAAGUGCUUUGACCAAGCUGCAGAAGUUGAAAUCGAUCUCGCCGCCUCCUUUGAAAUGGGUGCCAGUUGCCAGGGAUGGCAUCGUCCUGGCUGAGGUGCUUAUGUCCGCGGAGUUUACUGAACUUGUUGGAGAGACUGAUGUGUAUAAGGUUGAGAAGCAGGCGGAAUUAAAAAUGGGUAUUCCUUUGGAUAUAAGACCGAACAUGUUGAAUUAUGUUUUGGAAGUUAUCUUUGUAGGACUGCGCAAUUACACCAAGAGCAUGUUGAGCUCGGUGGGCAAACGACGAGCUAAGAUUAUGAUGGCUGAUCUGGUGCUCUCCAGCGGACUCUCCACUUCCCGAGUGCGCAAUAGCAUCAACUUUCUGGUGGCCUAUGCCUCUGGUGUAGUGAGUCUGCCCGAUCAGCAAGAGUAUUGGCCCGCGAUGGUAGCCACCGAUGUGGUAGUAAGUGCCUUCAAUAAGGAGUCCACGCUGGGCGCUGCUUUGGUGCCAAGUUCCACUAGCUUUCUGCAGAAGGAGAAGAGUACAAAGUGCGUCAAGUUACCGGAAUAUAGUGACGAUAGCCACGAUCACUCUUCCAUAAUAACGAUGGACUACGAUGAAGAGACAGCGCUGGAGGAGAUGGAAGACGAACGAGUGACUAAAAGUAAUAGCUGCUGGAGGCGUAUCAAGAUUGCAUUGGGACUUAAUGCGGCAACCGUUGCCAACAAAUUGGCGCUAAAGUAUGAUGAAUACGCUGAGUCCAGUGAUCUGCACGAGGACAAACGCUUCACUUGGUGGACAAAAUUCUACAAUUCGGUACACGAUGAUCUGCACGAUCGCACGCAUUUGUGCAAACACAGUUUAGUCAUUUAUCCCAAUGAGUUGGAGCAGCAGCCGCAGUUUGGUUUCCUGCAGGAUUGGGCUGUGCCCGUGCCCCUAGUACAUGGCGUCAAGUUCAAGAAGUAUGGUCCGCCUAAGGAGGAUAUUUAUGCCACACUGAAGCUGCAAAUCAAGUUGACGCCAUGUCAAUGUGCGGCUCCGCCUUGUGAUGCUGGAGGCGGGGAUAUGUUGCGUCCCUUGGCUGCUGCCAUGAGUCCACAUCACCAGACCAUGAUCAAGACCAUCACAGAGACGGUGCAUCUAACUGUGCGUGUCUAUGUGGUGCAGGGUUUGCAAAUACGUCCGAGAGAUUGGAGCUCCGAGUCGGAUUGUUAUGUAAAACUGUCGUUGGGUGGCAAAAUGGUCUCGGAUCGUGCGCAUUAUGUGCCCAAUCAAAGUAAUCCCAUCUUCGGACGUUUCUUUGAACUAGAUGCCUCAUUGCCAGCUGAUCCCAUACUCGAACUUGUGCUCUAUGAUCAUGACAAGCGCAAGGAUGAUUUGAUUGGUGCCACACACAUCGAUCUGGAGGAUCGUUGGCAUAGUAAACAUCAUGCGAUGGUGGGCAUACCCAAAGAGUACUCCCAAGUGGGCUACAAUCAGUGGCAUGACAUCUAUAUGCCUUCGGAGAUACUCGAGAAUCUCUGUCAGCAGGUUGGAAUUCAGCCACCUUACUUCUAUGGAAAUGUCAUCGAAGUGGAUGGGAUGCUCUUUGGAGAUGAGACAAUUAUAGCAAAGUCUGAGGAUCUACAUGAACGUUUGAGUCUGACGGUGCUCAGGAAUCUAGACAAGCUGCCUUCAUUUGGCUACAAGCUGGUGCCAGAGCAUGUGGAGACGCGUUCACUGUAUCACGAUGACUAUCCAGGAGUGGAACAGGGCAAAAUCCAAAUGUGGAUAGAGCUGUUCAAGGUGAGCAUGUUCAUUCCAACGCAUAUCGACAUAACGCCAACAGCGCCAAUUACCUACGAGGUGCGCAUUGUGGUCAUGAAUCUAAACAGCAUUCCCUUUGGCGAUAGGAAUAUAUUUGGCAAACUAAUGAGCGACAUCUAUGUGACCGGCUGGUGCCAGAAUGUGAACAAGCGUCAAACGACCGAUAUACAUUUUCGUUCGUUCGGCGGCGAAGCGGUUUUUAAUUGGCGCAUGGUAUUUACCCUCAAGUAUUCGCCCAAUGAGGACAUGAUGGUUAUACGGCGCAAAGGCGGACUGUUUGAGGAGAUCGAAAUCAAGACACCGCCCAUUGUCUAUUUGCAGGUCUGGGACAAGGAUUUCAUCACGCGAGACGAGUAUCUGGGUGCCUUGGAGCUCAAUCUAUCGAAUCUGCCAGAACCUUAUUAUACACACAAGCAAUGCCAGUUAUUUUCUAGUAAAAGGAAACGUCUUAAUCUUUUUACGCGCAAAUCCGUCAAGGGAUGGUUCCCAUUACAAGGAUGUCCAGGACGAGCUGGCAUACCAACUACACAUGGGGGCAAAAUGGAGUUGCAGAUUGACAUUUGCACGGAGACAGAGGCCUCAAAUUCACCUGCUGGCGUUGGUCAUGAUCCUCCCAUGGCGCUAGAGCGUCCUAGUCGUCCGGAGAGUUCCUUCAACCCUUGGACACAUCCAUUCAAGUCACUACACUUGAUAUUUUGGCCGCAAAUAAGAAAAUAUGUUUUCAUAUUCGUCUUCAUGGUUCUGCUUGGCUUGGGUUUGGUUAUUUUCUUUUCCAAUCUACCGAAUCGUCUGAUGUCUAUACCGCUGGAGUGAUUUUUUUUCUUCAUCGCUUUCGAUUAAUUAAUUUUCUUAUUCCAUAUC